AUGGCAGAGCAGCCACCGCCUUGGACCGUAACUUACCACGAGGAGGGUGAACGCGUGCUCGGGUGCAAGCACUACCGACGCGGAAGCCGCAUACGUGCGCCGUGCUGCGAUGGUGCCUUGUUCACCUGCCAUUCGUUCGCCGUCCGCCAGAUGCAGUGCAUGCACUGCGGCCUCGAGCAGCCCGCACAAAAGUGCUGUUCUGCCGAGGGAUGCAAGAAACAACUGGGACUGUACUAUUGUAAUAUAUGCCACCUCUGGAGCGAUGACCCAAAGAAGAGCAUUUUCCACUGCGUCGAUUGUGGGAUCUGCCGUAUCGGCAAAGGGCUGGGGGUGGACUUUUUCCACUGUAGCAAGUGCAAGGCCUGUUUAGCCAUUUCGCUCCAAAACAACCAUCAGUGCAUCGAGGACGUGCUCAACACCAACUGCCCUGUCUGCUGGGAACACUUGUUCACCUCUCGGGACCCGUUGUCGGUGCUGACCUGCGGGCACUCGAUGCACAAGGCCUGCUUCGAGACCUACACGCGGAACGGGUUCUACCGAUGUCCGACGUGCCAGCGCAUGCUCUUCGACCCGCGGGAAGCGCUCAUACGGGAGGUCAAGGUCAAGGCCCUUCGAUGGGGCAAGCGCCUCCUCCAGGACCUGAUCGCCCUCAUCUGCCUCGCCUACCUCGUGGACCGAUUCGUCUAUGACUACAUCUAG